AUGUCAACUGGAGAGGAGUUGAAGAAUCAAGGAAAUAAGUUUUUUGAAAAUAAAAAAUAUACUGACGCUAUUAACUCCUACACAAGAGCCAUAUCACGAUGUCCUGCUAUAGCUAAUUAUUAUACUAAUAGAGCGCUAUGUUACAUACAUGUAAAAGAUUAUAUGAAAGCUGUUCAUGAUUGCCAAAAAGCUGUGGAAUUGGAUAGAAGCAGCAUCAAGGCUUACUACUUCUGGGGUAGAUCAGCAUUGCUCUCAGAGCAAUACGAUGAAGCAAUCAAACUGUUUGUAAAAGCUGUAGAUUUGGCUACAGGACAUGGGGGAAACUUCGGCGAUGAAAUCCAUUCCCAAAUCCGUAUAGCUAGAAGAGAGAAGUUCAAGCAAGAGGAAUGUAAGAAAAUUCAACAAGAAAUCAAUCUUAGCACCUAUUUGAAAGGACUCAUUACCGACGAUAUUGAGCGAAGAACGAAAGAUCUUAAAAAGGAUGAUCCUGAGAGAGAACGCAUAGCUUCUGAGGCUCACGCCUAUGAGAAUCAAUUCAUGUCUAUAUUAUCACAGAUUGAUGAGAGACGUCGUAAGCGUGAGAUUCCGGAUUAUCUUUGCGGGAAAAUAUCGUUCGAAGUACUUCGAGACCCAGUCAUUACUCCUUCUGGAAUAACUUAUGAUCGUGCUGACAUAAAACAACAUCUUCAACGGGUCGGACAUUUCGAUCCUGUAACACGUGCUGAACUUCGUGAAGAGGAUCUUGUCCCAAACUUGGCAAUGAAAGAAGUCGUUGAAGCCUUUCUCCAUGAGAACCCCUGGGCUGAAUACGAAGAUCUCAUUGACUAG